AUGGGUUCAUAUUUAGGAAUUUCAACAAUUCUAGUUCUAUGUUUGCUGGGAUUUUCAGCCAAUGCUGAGAUUUUCACAGUUCCUGGUGCUCCAGGGUCUGAUAUUACUGCGGCACUUUUGAAAGCAUUCACAUCGGCAUGCCAAGCUCCGGCACCGAGCAAAGUAGUGAUCCCAAAAGGUGAGUUCAAGCUUGGUGAGAUCGAGAUGACGGGUCCAUGCAAAGCUCCAAUUGAGGUCACCCUGCAAGGCACUGUCAAGGCUGACGGAGGCUCUGUCGUCGGAAAGGACAGAUGGGUUGUCUUUCAAAAAAUUAAUGGAUUUAAGUUGAACGGAGGUGGAACCUUCGACGGUGAAGGCAAUGCAGCUUGGAGGACCAACAACUGCCACAAGACUUUCGAGUGCAAGAAACUUCCCAUGAGUGUAAGGUUUGAUUUCGUAGACAACGCUGAUAUCAGAGACAUAACCUCGAUCGACGCCAAGAACUUCCACAUUAACGUUAUCAGCGGCAAGAACAUGACCUUCGAUAACAUCAAGAUCAACGCUCCAGCAGAGAGCCCCAACACCGACGGUAUCCAUUUGGGAAGAUGUACCGAUGUCAAGAUCCUUAACACCAAGAUCGCCACCGGAGAUGACUGCAUCUCCGUCGGAGAUGAAAUGACCAAUCUUCUCAUCGAGGGAGUCACUUGCGGUCCAGGACACGGAAUCAGUAUCGGAAGUCUUGGAAGGUACAACUGGGAGAAAAACGUCAACGGCGUUACCGUCAAGAAAUGUACUCUCAUCGGAACUGACAACGGAGUGAGGAUCAAGACAUGGCCGUCCGCUGCUUGCACCACCACCGCCUCCGGUAUUCAUUUCGAGGACAUCACCCUUGACAACGUUCUGAACCCAGUCAUCAUCGACCAGGAGUACUGCCCACACAACCAAUGCAACAAGGCCAAACCAUCAACGAUUAAGCUUGUGGACGUCAGCUUCAAGAACAUUAAAGGAACAUCAAAGACUAAGGAAGCAGUGAAGCUAUUGUGCAGCAAGGGAUUCCCAUGCCAGAACGUCGAGAUUGGAAACAUUGACAUUAAGUACACUGGAGCCGAUGGUCCAGCUGUUUUCCAGUGCUCAAACGUUGUGCCUAAGCUGACUGGAGUCCAGAACCCGAAGGCUUGUACCGGACCCGUGACCAUGCCACCAGGACAAGACUAA